UUUGCUGUAAUAAAAGGCAGACGUGUUCACCUAUCUGUCUAAAAACCUGUGAUUACUUUCUCUUCUGCCCACCACAAUUCCGCUUAUUAGCCCCUUUUUUCGAUUUCCUGAAUUUUUCUUUACUUGCUCUGGUUUCCACUCGCAAUUAUAUUUCCAUAAAAGCGCAACUUUUUUUGCAAGAUUUGAGCAGCAACAAGGUGCUCAUAUAGCUCAAGAAAAUCCUGAGAUUUUAGUUUUAUCUGAUGGAAGAUCGCAAGGAGAGGAAUGCACCAUGGCUAUCCGUGCCACAGUUUGGGGACUGGGAUCAAAAGGGACCAUUGCCUGACUAUUCUAUGGAUUUCUCAAAAAUAAGAGAGAUGAGGAAGCAAAACAAGAGGGAUCCUUCAAGGGCUAGUCUUGGGAACGAGGAGGAACUCAUCCCUUCUACCACAAGAGACACGAACACUGCUCGUAAUGAUGAUCAUCAUCACGACUAUCAUCAGAACAACUCCCCAACGGUAUGCUUCUGUUGUUACGGUUAUAUCUGUGUUUUUGUGAUCCAGUGGAGUAUCAGAUGAUGUGUAUCUAAAAAGCACUUCAUCAAACUAGAUGAGUUGAAAAAGAUAGUAUAUGGUGGCAACCUAUCUAUGAUUUGAAUGAAUUGGUCUUUUGGGGAGAGUCCACAAAUGAUUCAAGAUCUUAAAAGCAUGUGGUGUCAUAUAGUAUCAAAAUCAUGUAGUUUGAAUUAGAUGGGAUGCGGGCCCCUUGAUGUGUAUCGUGGCACAUGAGACAUUAAAAGAAUUAGCCAGAAAUAGGAAGUGAUAUUCGGUACCUGUGUAGUUGGAAAUAAUCGUAUUGCACCUGGACCACAUGAAUCUACUGGUUUGCACUUGCUAUGAAUGAAUAAGCCAUGUGAUGCAGAAAGCAACAUCGAACUCAUUGUUUAUUUGAUAUAUAUAUAUAUAUAUAUAUAAAGAUUUAUAUUGGAUUCGUAACAAUUGUUACUACUUGGUAAGUAACAUUAUGGUCUCAGUGCAAGCAUAUGGUCUCGUAGCUAGGCUUUGCUGAUAUUGUUGUAUGUUGAUAUGGUGGUGCAGGCGAGGCGGAGCAUCUUCAGCUACUUUAACUGCUGCGUGAAGGCGUGAUUCGUGAUGGAUCAGACGACGGGUGCAUUUUCUAGUUGUAUGUUUGAUGAAUUGGUGUAAUGAAAUGUUGUUGUUUACCUUGGUUUUGACGAUUGUUUGGGUAGAAUUGAAUUAUUGAUCGACUGUGCUCGCUUUCGGCCUAACCGGGUCUGUUUAUAAUGGACUACUGAUAUUUUCUCGCAAUAAAACACCAACACAUGAAGCUACUAA